AGUCUUCAAUUGGAGAAGAUCGAGUAUCUUAUUUUUAAAAUUAAAUAAAAUAUGGACAAAAAACUUCCCGAAAGCAUCUUGGCCAAAAUCCAGGGCAAACCAAAAGUUAUUGUUACCCAUCCAGAUGUGCCACAAGUAGCUAUUGAUAUUUUAAGAGAAAAAUGUGAAGUAACAGUUCUGCAACACUGUCCACAAAUACGAUCGGAAAUUUUGGAAAAAUGCAAAGGAAUGGAUGCUUUGUUUUGGGGUGGUCAUGAGCCAUUGAAUGCUGAAGCUCUGGAUGCCGCUGGACCACAAGUAAAAUGUAUUUCAACAAUGACUGCUGGCUAUGACUAUGUUGAUGUUAAAGAAGUCAAACGGAGAAAGAUUCCAUUAGGCCAUACACCUGAAGUUCUUUCUGUAGCUGUUGCUGAGUUGGCAAUUGGUUUGAUGAUUUCAGCUGCAAGACGUUUUCAUGAGGGUAGAAAAUGUAUUGAAUCAUCAUCUUGGGAUAACCAAAGUCUCAAGUGGAUGUUGGGUCAAGAGAUCCGUGGAGCUAAGGUUGGUUUCUUUGGAUUUGGUAGUCUUGCUCAGAAAAUUGCUGAUCGGUUGGAAGGAUUUGAAAUUGGCGGUAUUAUUUAUAAUUCGAGGAGGCCUUCACCUAAAGGUGAUGCAUAUAAGGCAAAGCAUGUGACUUUUGAUGAAUUGCUGGAACAGAGUGAUAUUCUUUUUAUUGCCAGUCCAUUGACUGAGGCUACAAAAGGGAAGUUUGAUGAUAGUGCAUUUGAUAAAAUGAAGUCCACUGCAGUUCUUGUGAAUAUCGGAAGGGGACAGGUUGUUCAAGCAAAAGCUCUUUACAAUGCUUUGAAAACGAAUAAAAUUUUCUCAGCUGGACUUGAUGUCAUGGAUCCAGAACCAUUACCAUCUGAUGAUCCUCUGUUGAGUCUUCCAAAUUGCAUUCUUGUUCCACAUUUGGGAUCAGCCACUGCUAGGACUCGUGGAGAAAUGGGUGUUAUUGCAGCACAUAAUGUAUUACUUGGAUUAGCUGGAGAACCGAUGAUUGCACCAAUCUAUUAGCCUUAAGUUUUAAGCUAAAAAAAACUAAUAGCUUUUUUACAACUAUUUUU